GUCAGGUCAGCGCGUGCGCAGUGGUGCGGCUGGGGGUGGGCCUGGCACGGGAAGCCGCUGGGAGUGGGAGCGCGAGGCAGGUGAGGUGCAGCUCCUGGGCUGAUCCCCUGCCCCCAGCUGCUGCUUCCAGAGCCCCCGGCCAGCGGCGUCAUGUCGGGGCCGGGGAGCAAGCGGGCGGCUGGGGAUGGGGGCUCAGGGCCCCCUGAGAAGAAAGCCAACCGGGAGGAGAAGACGACCACCACCUUGAUCGAACCCAUCCGCCUGGGGGGCAUCUCCUCCACGGAGGAGAUGGACCUGAAGGUGCUGCAGUUCAAGAACAAGAAGCUGGCGGAGCGGCUGGAGCAGCGCCAGGCCUUUGAGGACGAGCUGCGUGAGCGCAUCGAGAAACUGGAGAAGCGCCAGGCCACAGACGAUGCUACCCUGCUCAUUGUCAACCGUUACUGGAGCCAGCUGGAUGAAAAUGUGCAGGUCCUGCUGAGAGGCUAUGAUGGGGACUGUGAGCCCCCACCUCCCGCAGCCCCUGCUGCCCCCUCUGCAGAGGAACCCGGGCCAGAGCCAACAGGACCGGACCCUGAGAACACAGCCAGCCCUAGUACCGAGGGCCCAGAUAGGACAGAAACAACUCUACCUGUUGCAGCCCCGUCAACCCCCUGGAAGGCCGGGGGGCUCCUGCUGAAUGAGCCAGCCCUGUCAUUCCUGGCCACCCUGGCCAGCAGCAGCAGCGAGGAGAUCGAACUGCAGCUGCAGGAACGCAUGGAGUUCUCCAAGGCCGCCGUGUCCCGUGUGGUCGAAGUCUCCAACAAGAUCCACCGGCGCACGGAGGAGCUGUGCCAGAAGAUCCAUUCCCGUGCUGACUUGGACCAGCUGGAUGAGGCGCUGAAGUCCUUGAACAAAGAGCUGAUGAGAGAGAAUCAGCGGCUGCAGGACUUGGCGAUGCAGCUGCAGGAGAAACACCACAAGAUCUCGCUGGAGUACACAGAGCUGCAGGACAAGGUGACAUCGUCGGAGACCAAGGUGCUGGAGAUGGAGACGACGGUGGAGGAUCUGCAGUGGGACAUCGAGAAGCUGCGCAAGCGUGAGCAGAAGCUCAACAAACACCUAGCUGAGGCGCUGGAGCAGCUGAACUCCGGUUACUACGUGUCAGGCAGUUCCGGGGGCUUCCAGGGCGGGCAGAUCACGCUCAGUAUGCAGAAGUUUGAGAUGCUGAACGCGGAGCUGGAGGAGAACCAGGAGCUGGCCAACAGCCGCAUGGCCGAGCUGGAGAAGCUGCAGCAGGAGUUGCAACAGGCUGUCAGGACCAAUGAGAAGCUCAAGGUGGCGCUGCGGUCGCUGCCCGAGGAGGCGGUGAAGGAGACCCUGGACUACAAGGUGCUGCAGUCCCAGUUCUCGCUGCUCUACAACGAGAGCCUGCAGGUGAAGACCCAGCUGGACGAGGCACGCGCCCUGCUGCUCACCACCAAGAACAGCCACCUGCGCCACAUUGAGCACAUGGAGAGCGACGAGCUGAACCUGCAGAAGAAGCUGCGCACGGAGGUGAUCCAGCUGGAGGACACGCUGGCCCAGGUGCGCAAGGAAUACGAGAUGCUGCGCAUCGAGUUCGAGCAGAACCUGGCCGCCAAUGAGCAAGCGGGUCCCAUUAACAGGGAGAUGCGCCACCUGAUUAGCAGCCUCCAGAACCACAACCAUCAGCUGAAAGGAGACGUGCAGCGAUACAAGCGCAAGCUGCGUGAGGUGCAGGCUGAGAUCAACAAGAUCCGAAUGCAGUCAAGUGGCUUCCCCUGCGGCUCAGCUGUGCUGCCCCCCGCAUCUGGGCCGGAGGAGCCGGUGGGCGGGGUCCCAGCUGUGGCGGUGAAGGAGGAAGAGGGGGGCACGCCUGCCCUAGAGGUGAAGAAGGAGCCAAAGGAGGCAGUGGUGGCUGUGGUGAAGAAGGAGGAGGCAGUGCCCCUGCCUGAAGGGGGUGUGAAGAAGGAGGAGGAGGAGCCACUCCCACCGGCUCCCCAGCCGCCCCCCCCUCCUCGCAUCAAGGAACCACCAGAGCGCCCCAAGGGGGGCCGCGGGGGGGACCGGGAGCGUUCGCGGGACCGUGACAGGGAUGGCUCGGCUCGUGAGCGCGACCGCCAGAAGAGCAGCGAUGACCCCAAGAAGAAGGACUCAGACCUGCUCAAGCAGCUGCGCAUUGAGCUCAAGAAGGCCCAGGAGAGCCAGAAGGAGAUGAAGCUGCUGCUGGACAUGUACAAAUCAGCCCCUAAGGAGCAGCGGGACAAGGUGCAGCUCAUGGCUGCUGAGAAGAAGACGAAGGCCGAAGUGGAGGAGCUGCGAGGGCGGGUACGGGAGCUGGAGGAGAAGGAGAAGAAGGAGAGCAAGAAGAUGGCCGACGAGGAUGCCCUGCGCAAGAUCAAGCUGGCAGAGGAGCAGAUUGAGCACCUGCAGAAGAAACUGGCUGCUACCAAGCAGGAGGAGGAGGCCCUGCUGUCGGAGAUGGAUGUGACUGGCCAGGCCUUCGAGGACAUGCAGGAGCAGAACAUGCGCCUCAUGCAGCAGCUGCGUGAGAAGGACGAUGCCAACUUCAAGCUCAUGUCAGAGCGGAUCAAGUCCAACCAGAUCCACAAGCUGCUGCGUGAGGAGAAGGACGAGCUGGCAGAUCAGGUGCUGGCUCUCAAGUCACAGGUGGACGCCCAGCUGCUGGUGGUGCAGAAGCUGGAGGAGAAGGAGCGGGUGCUGCAGGGGAACCUGGGCACGGUGGAGAAGGAGCUGACCCUGCGUAGCCAGGCCCUCGAGCUCAACAAGAGGAAGGCGGUGGAAGCGGCCCAGCUGGCCGAGGACCUGAAGGUGCAGCAGGAGCAUGUGCAGUGCAAGCUGAAAGAGAUCCAGGCCUGCAUGGCCGAGAACCGCGCUGCCAAGGAGAAGGAGUCCUUCAACCUCAAGAGGGCCCAGGAGGACAUCUCCCGGCUGCGGCGCAAGCUGGAGAAGCAGAAGAAGGUGGAGGUGUACGCCGACGCUGACGAGAUACUGCAGGAGGAGAUCAAAGAGUACAAGGCCAAGCUGACCUGUCCCUGCUGCAACACACGCAAGAAGGACGCGGUGCUCACCAAGUGCUUCCACGUCUUCUGCUUUGACUGCGUCAAGACGCGCUACGACACCCGGCAGCGCAAGUGCCCCAAGUGCAAUGCUGCCUUCGGCGCCAACGACUUCCACCGAAUUUACAUCAGCUGAGCGCCUGCAGUUCCUCUUCCCACCCCAUCCCCUAGCCCAACGUUCCACAGAUCCACCCCCUCCAGGAACCACGCGGCGGUCCCCUCCCUCCUGCCCUCUGCAAUCCGCUCAGCAGGUGCUGCCAGGAUUCCCUUGACCCAUCACUGAGGAUCGCACCCAAAUGAUGCCCGAUCCCCUGAGGAUCUGCUCCUCACAGCUCUCUGGAUCCUCCCCCAGGCUCUGCUCUGUGCUCACUCUGUGGGUUCUGCCGGGGUCUGCUCCCCUGGGGCUGGUCUCCUCCCUCUGAUAUUUGAACCCCGGUGAGAGCCCUGUUGUGCCGAGAGGAUGCCCUUGGGGGCGAAGGGCCGCAGGGCAGCAGCUGACUGUGUGUGUGGCGGGGUGGGGACUGUUCAUUCUAUUUGGAUUUUAUUUUAUUUUUAAAUACUAUGUUUGGUUAUGUGGGAAAUAAAAAUUGGAGAGUCCCACUGGGGCCAGAUCCUCCA